AUGCUCGCCGAACUCCUCGAGGACAGCAAAACAAACCUCAUGAUUCCAAAGGCCCUCGAAACUCUGGCCGAGGCGAAGCUCAAUCCUGCGACACCCGGCGCGUUCAACAAUUUCCUCGUCGGCCUGUCGGUCUCUGCGCUCAUGAUUGGCCUGCAGGAGUUAUUGAAGCCGGAGGUUGCCGCAGCGUAUGGUCUCACCGAGGCAAUGUCCACUUACUGUGAGAUCGUCGCACCCCGGGGAACGGAAGACAUGGAAGUUGUCACGAAUGUGAUCGAGGCUGCAUCCGGCGUCGCAAAGGGACAAAGUCCGGUGCCCGGUCCUCUGCCAUCCAACGACACGUCUGUGGGAGAGCACGACAUCGAAAGUUCUGUACAUAACACCUUCCCCGUGGCCCAGGAGAACAAUACUCCGGAAGCCGUGUUGGAGGAGCUCAGGGCCAGCCAGACCAACAUGGACCACAUCAUUGCCGAGCAGCUGAAGGCAUCACGAGAACAGUUUCGUCGCCUGGAGCAGCAACUGGACUUGGAAAGGUUGCGGGAUGGAGUGACCGUUUCCGCCGAGCAAAUUAAUCGGGCAUAUCUGCCCUCCUUCCCCAUCCCCCCUCCCUGA